GGAAAGACAGCCAUUUUGCACCGUCCCUCUUCCACCCAGAAAGUAGGUUGUCGUGGGAAGACGUAAUCAAAGAAAACUACUAACUCUCAAAUCCCACUACACAAUCAUUCCCCUGUGUCAGCACACCAUACCUACUCAGUUACCUCCGUUUGCAAAAGGGGGCAUCGAGGAUUGACGGGAGCAACACUUCAGAAAAGCAAGGCCACAGAGAGGCGUUUGACAAAGGCACUGGAUGGAUAGCAUCGACGCUGAAGCCCUCUACCUGACCACAGCGCAGCACGGGCAACCUCAAUGCGAGCUUUCCCUUCCUGCUGUGGAAGUACCUGCCCUUGGCGGAACCAAGAAGAUGAAUGGGUCUCUGGACCACCCAGACCAGCCUGACAUUGAUGCUAUAAAGAUGUUUGUGGGUCAGAUCCCUCGGACGUGGUCAGAGGAUCAGCUGCGUGAGCUGUUUGAGCCCUAUGGUGCAGUUUAUGAAAUCAAUAUUCUUCGGGACAGGAGUCAGAACCCCCCACAGAGUAAAGGUUGUUGUUUUGUCACAUAUUACAACCGUAAAUCUGCAUUAGAAGCACAAAAUGCCCUUCACAACAUGAAGAUUCUUCCAGGGAUGCAUCAUCCCAUACAGAUGAAGCCUGCAGACAGUGAGAAAAACAAUGCGAUAGAAGAUAGAAAGCUGUUUGUUGGAAUGAUUUCAAAGAAGUGCAAUGAGAAUGACUUAAGGCUCAUGUUUUCUCCAUACGGUCAAAUUGAGGAGUGCCGCAUACUGAGAGGCCCUGAUGGACUGAGCCGUGGCUGUGCCUUCAUCACAUUCACAGCAAGACAGAUGGCCCAGUCUGCCAUCAAAUCCAUGCACCAGGCACAGACCAUGGAGGGCUGUUCUUCUCCCAUCGUGGUGAAGUUUGCAGACACUCAGAAGGAUAAAGAACAGAAACGUAUCGCCCAGCAGCUGCAGCAACAGAUGCAACAGCUCAAUGCUGCCUCUAUGUGGGGAAAUCUUACAGGACUGAACUCACUUGGGCCACAGUACCUUGCACUUCUACAACAGUCUGCAUCCUCUGGAAAUGCGCUCAACAAUCUCCAUCCAAUGUCAGGUCUGAAUGCCAUGCAGAAUCUGGCUGCAUUAGCGGCAGCAGCGAGUGCUACACAGGCCACCCCCACAGGUAGCAGUGCUCUGACCACCUCCAGCUCCCCCCUCAGUGUCCUCACCAGCUCAGGUACGCCCUCCGGACAGCCUGCUCAAUCUGCCUGGGACGCCUACAAGGCGGGUUCCUCUCCCACCUCCAGUACUAGUUCUUCUGUGAACCCCAUGGCGUCUUUAGGUGCUCUUCAGUCUCUUGCUGCGGGUGCUGGAGCAGGUCUCAACAUGAGCUCCCUAGCAAGCAUGGCUGCUCUGAAUGGUGGUCUGGGCAGCGGAGGUCUCUCGAACGGCUCGGGCAGUGCUAUGGAAGCUCUGACUCAAGCAGCCUAUUCUGGGAUCCAGCAAUAUGCCGCUGCCGCUCUGCCCAGCCUCUACAGUCAGAGUUUACUGUCCCAGCAGAACGUUAGUGCCGCUGGCAGCCAGAGGGAAGACGUGGCUCUUGUGAUCACCAUCUUAAGGAUUCAUUCUUGUUUUAAAUACGCUGCAACAGCAAGUCCCAAUCAGAGCGCGGGUAAGAGAUCAUUAUCACUCUCCACAAUGCCCAUUUUUCUACAUUUUGGUUUGUUUAAAAGUAAGUGGAGAUCCAUACCAGCAGCUCUUUGCCAAUGAAUUCCAUGAGUAUUCUGUGAUAGAUACAACUUCAAGCCUGUCGGAAGCAUCUGUGGCAUGCUCUUCUAUGCUGCUGGUUUUUGAUAAUUGAUCAUUGUUAUUAUCAGUGUUGAAAACAAAGGGUUUAUAUUUUUGU